AUGCAUGUAUUCGUCGCUGUCCGCAUGUUUGUGUGUAUGUGUAUGUUGACCAAGGCGUUCCGUGCCGAGCGAGACGAAUCUAGGCUAUGUAACCAUCACGUCUCUACUGGCCGACGUCUGUUGGACCUUCAGUCUCCAGUCCCGUCUCCUUGUCCUCCUAUUCGGCUUGCGAUGCUGCAGUUACCGCAGCCGGGUUCGUUCUCAUCAUUUCCGUCAGCGUUCGCGGCAUUUGCCUCACAGUUACAGUCCCCUCAUUUUCAGUCGUUACUGCAAUCGCAGGUGGCUGUGUUGCAAUCGCAACACAUCGCAGCAUUGCAGACGACAGCCGGCACAACCGCUUCGGAAGGGAAACCGAGAAUGAACUCUGAAUAUACGAUGCCUCGAAAACGUGUUGGAGGUUCGACGAUGAAAACCGCGAAGGUAUGGCGAUUCUUCGACGAACUGCCCACGCCAGAGCAGGCAGCCGAAUGUCGGCUAUGUCGGAAGAAGAUCAAAGCCACCAAUAGCAGCACCACAGGAAUGAUCCGUCACUUACGAAGUUGUCAUGUGCAGGAAUAUCAACAAGUUCAAGAAGCCCGGCAAUCCACUCUCAUUCUAAAAAUGGAAGAGAAGGCUAGAGCCCAAUUGUUGAGAGAGAUGAACACCCAGGUGGCAUCGACCAUGGUAGCGCAUAUCAAUAAGAAAGCGUCGCCGGAACCACAGAAAAGUCCCUCUGCCUCCUCAUCAGCGAGUGACACUGCAUCCUCGGUAGCGUCUUCGUUCUUCGGACCUGCAUUACCUCCUCUCCCUCCACUGUCUAUCGCUCCUAUGGGAUUGCCGGCUCCUAAACCGGUGAAAAUCUUUGCACAACCAAUGGCGAUCAAACAAGAAGCCACAGAGGUCGAAGAUGACGUUCACGAGCCGACUGAUCUUAGCGCAAAAACGUCCGCCUUCGCUGCGCUCGGCCAGAAAAAACGUACGGAAGAGAUCGAGAACGAUAUAGAUCAGAAAAACGCAUCAAAAUCGCGACAUUUUACGCUACGUCACGUCGAUGAACGGAAGAUUAACGCGCAGAUCGCUAUGAUGAUGCUGAUUGAUCAGAUCCCAUCGAAAAUUGUCGACGGACAUGGUUUUCGUAGCUUGAUGAGCUUCCUCCUUCCUGAAUAUCCUAUGCCUUCCGCUGAAUUAUUCGAGUCCACCAUCUGCCCAGAGGUGAUCACCCAAAUACAGCCUCAUUUAUCAACAUUAUUCGCAUCGAAUAAUCCACACCCGAAUCCAUUCGAAUCGCUGAUGCAGGUGCUGAAGAAACGACAUUCGUCGGUUGAUGACUGUAACAGCGUUUCAUUCGACACCAAUGCUUCAAAGACACCAAAACAGGACGAGGAUAGCGACAGUUCCUGCUCUGUAGAAAUCGACACAGCCUUAUCACCGCUUGUAGAUGCCUUCAUUGAGUAUGUGGGCCGAUUUUCUUUUUCAAAGGACGAGAUAACUUCGUUGCUGACCGUAUGCCAUAGUGUGUUCGGGUAUUUCGAGGAUCGACCUGCUCUCAUGGCCGAACUGUCGCUUACCACACCUACAGCUGAACCGGAGCAACCGGCGCUGCUUCGUGAUGUGCUUUUCGUCGCCGAACAUGCCGAGAGUAUAAACGCAUACAUUCGUGCCACACCCGAUAUGGCGCUGUUACCGAUCUCCGACGCUCAGUCGCAGACACUCGCUGAACUCGUACGUCUCGUUAGGAAAAUCUAA